AUGUCUGGCCCCAAACUGGAGGCUUCCCCGCCUUGUCGGAACUGGUCAUCUUGUCCGGAGCUCAACAGGACUCGGGAUCCUUUAGGGAAUCUCUCGCUCUAUGACGAUGAGGAAUUGCUGCGCUACGUGUGGAAAGAAUACUUACACCCCAAAGAAUAUGAAUGGGUUCUGAUCGCUGGCUAUAUCAUCGUAUUCAUCGUGGCGCUCAUUGGCAAUGUCCUGGUUUGCGUUGCAGUGUGGAAGAACCAUCACAUGAGGACAGUCACCAACUACUUCAUCGUGAAUCUUUCCCUGGCAGAUGUGCUCGUGACCAUUACUUGCCUUCCAGCAACGUUGGUGGUGGAUAUCACAGAGACUUGGUUCUUUGGACAGUCCCUUUGCAAAGUUAUCCCUUACUUACAGACUGUGUCAGUCUCUGUGUCUGUGCUAACAUUGAGCUGCAUAGCUUUGGAUAGAUGGUAUGCCAUUUGUCACCCUUUGAUGUUUAAGAGCACUGCCAAGCGGGCAAGGAACAGCAUUGUAAUUAUCUGGAUCGUAUCAUGCAUCAUAAUGAUUCCUCAGGCGAUUGUCAUGGAAUGCAGCAACGUGCUCCCAGAUUUAGCCAAUAAAACCACUCUGUUUACAGUGUGUGAUGAACGUUGGGGUGGUGAAAUUUAUCCUAAGAUGUACCACACAUGCUUUUUCCUGGUGACAUAUAUGGCUCCUUUGUGUCUCAUGGUAUUGGCCUAUUUACAAAUAUUCCGAAAACUAUGGUGCCGCCAGAUCCCCGGGACCUCUUCGGUGGUUCAGAGAAGAUGGAAGCCUCUUCACCCUGCUACUCAGACCCGGGGAGGGCCGGGACAGCCGACUAAAUCCCGAAUGAGCGCUGUCGCUGCAGAAAUCAAACAAAUUAGAGCCAGGAGGAAAACAGCCCGGAUGCUAAUGGUCGUCCUUUUGGUGUUUGCUAUUUGUUAUCUCCCAAUUAGCAUCCUCAACAUGUUAAAGAGGGUGUUUGGGAUGUUUGCCUAUACAGAAGACAGAGAGACUGUGUAUGCCUGGUUUACAUUCUCACACUGGCUUGUCUAUGCCAACAGUGCUGCAAACCCAAUUAUUUAUAACUUUCUCAGUGGAAAAUUUCGAGAGGAAUUUAAAGCAGCAUUUUCUUGCUGUUGCCUUGGAGUUAACCCUCGCCAGGAUGAACGACUUGCCCGUGGACGGACAAGCACAGAGAGUCGGAAAUCCUUGACCACCCAAUUCAGUAGUUUUGAUAAUGUAUCGAAACUUUCAGAACACGUCGUACUGACAAGCAUAAGCACACUCCCAGCAGCAAAUGGAGCUGGACCACUUCACAACUGGUAGAAUAUUUAUUCCUACAUCAAGGAUAGCUUAAUAAAAAGUUAUGUGCAUUGAAAUCUGAUCCAUCCAAAGGUAAAGCAAGAGUAUGGGCCCAAUAUAAAUUUAUAGCUUUCAACUCAGAUUGAACAAAGUUAUUUCCUAAUUAUAUUAACCAGUUAGAAAAUGUUAUCUUUUGAUGACAAUUACUUAAUUUUGAAACCUUUGUGGAAAACAUUAAUUUCAGCAACUUUGCAAAUUAAAGAGUUAUUUAUUGCUCAACAACAUUUCACAUGCAGGAUAAGUUGAAUGAAUAAUUUCUACAUUUACCUAUUCAUUUUAAGUUGUCUAAUAAUUUUAAUCUCUUAUUUCCAAAUGGAAAGAUGUUAAGUGAUUUAUUUCUGUUCAAAAAGUAGCAUUUACCCCUUUUAACUGUCUGAGAUGUAUAUGAUGAUUUAAUAUUAAAUUUCAAACACAAGAAAUGACAGACUUCCAAAGGAACGUCUGAAUAAAUAAUAUUUCUAUUAAAAUCAUAUGAUAUCUGAGUUAAAUUCCUGCCUCUAUCGCAUAGCAGUUGGGUGAACAUGAUCA